CUCCAGAGCACCAUUCCCAUGGAAACGUAAACAGAAGUGCUGGUAGUGAUUUCUCUGCACGCACAGGGCUCUCUUGAAACACGAUUUGGUGGCGGGGGGAUUUUGUGCGUCUUAAAAACCCAGCGCUCAGCUUUGCUGUUCCAUCAACUACAUUUCAUUGGUAUCUAACUUCCAGAAUGGACUUGAGCGGUGUUCGGCGCGCGUCCUCCGCGGGCUACAGGUUACCGGAGCGAAACAACGGGACCAGGCCGAUAACGACCCAGCCACCGGCGGCGGAGAGGACGCGCCGCGCUCAGGGAGAGGCUCCGUCCCAGGAGCUGCAGCAGGACAAGAUCGAUCCUGUUAAAAAGGACCAUUUGUGGAAAGAGCUGGUCUGGACUGAGAAGAGAGGAGUGCGGGAGUGGGAAAAGAACUGGGGCUUUCUUCAGCACUAUGAUCAGAUGGGGCAGCUGAAGCCACAGGAGCCUUUACCCAGCUACGUGACGCUCUUCUCUGAUCGCAUCCCCAACACCACCAACCAGAUGCUUGGCAGCAGACUGUCGACUCCACUGGGGAGUGAACUGGUCAAACUGGACAGGCUGGGACUCUUGUCUGGAAGCCAUCAUAAGCGCAAGCUGGAUCCAGAGAUGCUCCCCUGCUAGACCGAGCUCAAGACGAGUCACAAAGUCCUUUUUGGACCAUGGACUCUACAACACUGAGAGCUUACUCUCCUUUUGUGGGACUUAAAUGGUAUAAUGUGUCACUCACCACAGCAGUCCUUUUUGGAGUUGAUGUUUUGGGGUGUUUUUGUCAUUUUACUGGAGAGUGAAUAUCAAAACACUGCUUACAAGCCAUAUCAAGGUAGGAGUCAAAAGAUGUAAAUUGUUUGCUGUCCUUCACCUGCUAAUUUAGAUAGCUGCAUAUAGAUAGAUAUGAAGUCAUUCAUUGAUAUUGUACUGUACUGUACUACAGAAAUUGUGUAUUCACACAUUUGGAUAUGUUACGCUCAAGGAUUACUAAAACUACAACUAAAGGCAUUUGCUCACCAAUAGACAGGUGAGAAGGGAAGACACUGGCAGAUCAGUUCAUGUCAUCUGAGCUCCAUCAGGUAUUUAAUCAGAUACUUGAUAAUCUAACAAGACACCUAAUCAAAUUUGGAUGAGUGAAAGGUUUCACCACUAUUGCGAUUUUCUCAGAGAUCUCAAGUAGUGCUGCAAGGACAACGAAGGGCAAAAACUAGACUUUUAAAUGUUUUCAAAACAGCUGUACUAAUAUUCCAAAUGAGAAUCUUAUUUCAUGGAGGUUGUUAAAAUACAUCUUGUUUAGGUUUUGCAUUUGUUUAGAUUUUUUUAUUGAAAAUGGUUGAAAAAAGUAGCUGUUAUUAUGUUUUCCAGGACUUCUAAGCCAUUGUUCCAAGCUAUCAAAUUAAAUGAAUUGUAUCUAUGUGAUUUACAUGAUGAUGUAGUUUACAGUCACGCGCUUGAUGCACUUCAUGUGAACAGCAACACAUCUCAGGGUUUUUCACUAUCGUCGCUGCCUUUAAAUGCCAUUUCGGUUUAUUGUUAUUUUGUUAUAAAUCAAAACAGUGCAAACUAUUUAAUCAGUACAGCAGAUGAUACAAUAACGUGCAAUUUCAAAGGCUGAAUUUAGGACAAUUCCAGGUGGACAGUUUUCCUAUAACCUGUGUUUCCCCUAUGUUUGUGGUAAACUAGAGAGCAUGUCGGCCAUUUGACCGAGGGGUUGGGGUCCUCCCCCAAGAACAUUUUAAGUUUUUAAAAUAAAAAUAAUAAGCUAUUUCAAA